AUCAGGGACCCCAUGGGAGGUGGCAGGGGGGUGCCUGGGCUAUUCUCAGCCCUCGCUGGCAUCGCACCGAGCUUUUCCCGCGGCGCUGGCGGAUGUGGGGCAACGUUUGAGGUUUGGGCUGUUGAAUUGUUUUGUUUUUUUUUUAAUUUCCUCUUCCAAGCUGAUGAGUUUCCUCCCGCUCCGCUGACGACGGAUGGGGGCCGGGCGGGGCUCCGGCCUGGGGGGGGCACAGGAGGCGGCUCUGGCUGGACGUGGGGAGCUGGGCACCUGCCCCCAGUGCUGGGACCCCCCCGGCCCCUCCGGCCAUGGAGGGACCCUCGGUGCUCGGCCCCUGCUCGUGGCACAAGCGCCUCGCGUGGGUCCGGCAGAGCCGGGGCUGGCGCAGCCCCGCGCCCGGGGGCAAGCAGGAGGAGGAGGAGGAGGAGGAGGAGGAGGAGGAGGAAGAGCAGCAGGAGGCGGCCGCUGUCCCCUGGGAGCCGCCACCACACCUGGACCACGUUGUCCUCGAAGGAAGCGUCUGCAGCAAGAUCCGGACGUGGCUGCGGGACUGCGGAGCCCACCCCACUCUCCUGUCCCACUUCGGGUGCCCCUGGAUGGACUCGGGGGUCGGGGGGCUCAGGGGUCGUGACCGGGGCCGUGCUCUGCUGCAGGGAGGCAGCGCUGGACGAGCCGGGACCACCAGGACCCUGCGCGUGCGGCACCAGCGGGACGAGCUUUGAGGACGAUUUGACCCUGGGGGCUGAAGCUCUUCUGCUCCCGGGGAGCCUCCAGACCACGGGCAGUGUCCCCUUCAGUGUCCCCUCCCCACUCAGGGCUCAGCGGGAUCGACACCUCAGCCCUGGGGACAGCAUGGCCUCCAGUGUCCCCUCCAGUGUCCCCUCCAGUGUCCCCUCCAGCUCCAGCCUGUCCCAGGUGCUGUCCUGGUGGCAAUCGGAUGCUGAGGAGAUCCUGCACAACCUGGGCUUUGUGGGGACAGACCCGGGGGUCGCAUCCCGGGUCCCCUCCCGCUUCUUCUCGGCCCCAUCCCGGGCCAGCGGUAUCGACCUGGGGCUGUUCCUGCGGGCCCAAAUGAGGCGCCUGGAGAUGGAGGAUCCCUGCCUGCUGCUGGCCAGUCGCUUCCAGCAGUUCCACGCCCUGGCUGCCACCGCUGACGCUUUCUUCUGCCUCUACUCCUACGUGUCGCGGACCCCCCUGCAGCGUAUCGCCCCCUCCCGACCCUGUCGCGACAUCCCCGACAGUCCCGAGCCGCUCGGGGCGCGGCCCGGGGAGCGCCUGAAACGCGCGGUGUCCUCGCUGUGCCUCUACACGGGCGCAGGGGACGGCGACAUCCCUCGGGGGGGGGACCGGGUGGCGACCCCAAGUGCUCCGGGCACCGGGGGGCUUCGAAAAGACCCCGGGGGCUGUCGGAGGGACCGCGACACGGGCACCGUGCGGCGAUUGUCGCCGAGGUCAAACCCCGCGGGGACAGCGUGGGGACACCCGGAGCGCUGCUGUCCCCAUGGCCGGGGGGUUUGGGGAUCCGGGGGGGUUUCGUGCCCGGUGAUGGCAGCGCAGGGGGACACAAGGGACACUCGGGGUGAUGUCACCACGCUGGGUGCCCUGUCCAGCAGGGUGAGGGUCCCCCCUGAGCGCUCGGGACACCCCCAGGGUGACUCCGGCCUCGGUUCUUGGGGAUGGCACCAGAGUGGCACCGCAAGGGCUGGAGGUCACAGCGCUGGACGCGGGAGGGUCCCCAAAUCCCUGGACCCCCAAGGAGCGGCGGAGUCGUUCGAGCUGGAGGAGGUGCUGAGCGAGGAUGAUGAUGACGAUGAUGACGAUGACGAUGAUGAUGAUGAUGAUGAUGAUGCCAUCCGCUCCCCCCAUCCCUCCAUCAGGACCCUAAGAAGCUCCACCUUCCACGGCCGCUCUGACAGCAGCGGUUUCUCGGAGGAGCCUCUCCCCACCUGGGCACCCCCGGCCCGGUCCCGCAGCCCCGACCGGGUGACCUGAGGCCACCUCAGCAAGACGUGGCACCUUGGCCGGGUGUCUCACGGAUGUUUUGGACACGCGUGUGGCACGUGUGUGUUUGUGCGUGUGUGUGUGUGUGUGUGUGUGGGUGGGUGUGUGGCACGCGUGGGUGUUCGGCACAGAAAAAACCUCUGGACUCAGGAUUUUGCUCCAUUUUUUGUCCCCUCCUCAUCCUCCAGCCCUUUGGCUCGGGGCCUGUGGUGGGGACUUGUCCUCAACCUUUGGGGACGUCACUUGCACUUUGGCCACGUUGGUUACACUAGAAGGGAGGGGUGGGGACUCAAUAAAGUCCCCAAAGGGGUG